GCAGAGUGAGGUUGUGUCACUUUCUCCUCUCGUGGUUCCUUCGCGGACUAACCCGUCGGUAGCUGGACUCUGAGCAUGAACACGGGUUUUGUGAUUUCUUAAGCGCUGAACGAAGGGGUAGUGAAGAUUCCUUGCCCACUGGAACGUGUGUGUGUAUGGAUGAGCCUUUGAUAUUCUCGAUUUUCCAAGGGAGAGAGGCGUUCAUGGCGGAGGUAGAGGUAGUCGCUCUGUGCCCUCGCGGAGACGCCCUUCACCCGCCGCCACAGGUCAGGGAUCAGGUCACGGCAGCAGCGCGGGUCAAGAUGCUGUCGGGGCCUCACGCGUCGAGGAUCGUUCGGAAAUACAGGAGGACGCGGCUGCAGCAGGUCAAGAGGCAAGAGUACAAAAAGUUGCGGAACAUGGUGCCGGCGCUGCAGGAGAAGAACCGCGUGUCGAAGGUGGAGGUGAUUGAAGCGACGAUCCAGUAUAUCGACGAACUCCACUUGGCGCUUAUUAAGAGGUUUCGGAGCAGGGGGCUUCCGGCGACGCUUAGAGACUUACCAGUAGAGGCCCACGACGUGCACGGAGGGAACAUCCGGGAACUCGUCCGACAUCUCCUGGCGACCUGCAACCCGACCUCCCUCCCUCCCACCCGCAUAGAGAACGCCCGUACCCUCCCUUCCUUUAUACAGAAACUGUGCAAAAGGAGGAGUUGAAAAGAGAGGAGAUGGGAAGGAAGGAGGUGGAGAAAAAGGGAGAGAGAUAGAGAUAGAGAGAGAGAGAGAGAGGGACAAAAGAUGGGAGAAAAUGGGAGAAGGGGGACGUGUUUAAACCGAAGUGGAGUGAGACAGACACAAGAAAAAAAGAGAAAGAAGGAAAAACUAAAAGACAGAAAGAGACAAUAAAAGAGAGUCGGGGAAUAUGCGCUUAGAAACUAGAUAAUAAGAGUGGAAAGAGAAUCUAAUAUAUAGAAAUCAUAAGAAUAGUUAAUAGACGAGUGAGUCAGCUCGGUGCAACCCCCCAGCACUUCUGACAGAACAGACUGAAAACGUGUUCAUGCUAAGGUUCCUCUCUCCUCUUGGACCAAGGCCAACUAGUCUUAGACUUUUCUUUGGGAAUUUCUUUUAUUUUCGUUUUUAUUCUGUGAAAUAAAAGUGUGAGCGUGGAAUUCUCACGAAUGUCUUUCAUCAUAGUUUCGCUGUUGUUGUUUUUAAUUGCGUUACCCUUUGUUUUUUUCUCUCUCUUUUAAUGUGUUAUGUAUGUAUAUAAAUACCCCCAGUGAUGCAUAGGCGCUAUUAUUUAAUCUCCGAAGCUUGCAUAAUCUUCCCUGGUUUUUCGUUGCCGCUGUCUCUGCAUCGGCAACAUGUAGCAAAACCGUCAGGAACUUUAUCUUGUGCAAUGUAACACUGCAGGUAUCAUUUGCCACGAGGGAAAGUUCGCAUCACCUUGCAGAAGGGAAAAUUGCCAGCGAUGAAAAUGCAACAUUGCAACGGAAUUAUAAUCAUCCGCUGUUACGUACCAGCUCUGAUAGUAUGAUGGAAGAUGAGAAGUUGCAACUGAAGUUUUUGGUGAAGUGUCUGUGAAGUUACCGCAAGACCGGAUUCAGAAGCUUUCAGACUGUAUUUUUUUUUUUUUUUUCUUCUUCUUCUUCUUCUUAUCAAUUCUCUUUCUUUUCUCUUUUAUAAAUCGGGGAGGUGAUUUUUGAUUCGUGUUAAGUCUCUCAAAAUAUGACUUUCGUUCCCCAUUGUCAUGGUAUCAAUUUCGGUUUUAAUCAGGAGUGUGGGGGAGAGGGGGAGGGGGGAUAAUGGGAGAGUUAUCGUAAAAAGAUUUAAAGAAAUGAAAAAAAAAUCCUAAUGAUAACAAGGUGACCGACGGAAGGCAAUCAAGCGCAUGACAUAUUUUAAAACAUAUGUAUGUACGUAACUUCACUGCAGACAUGUUUUUAAAUUGCCAGAAUGUAAUGUACAUAUGCUCAGUGUACUUGUAUUUGAAACGAUUUAAGAACUAAAAAUUCUGACAUUCUAUUCUUUAUCGAUUGCAAAGAAAUCCCAUACCUAAAUUAUACAAAUUAUUUAUAUAAAUCGUACAUUUUCUCUUUAUAUAUACAUACAAUGUAUAUAUAUACACAAAAAUCGGACUUUAAUAGGCAUUUCCAUUUAAAGACCACAGCGCAGUCUGUAUCUAUUUUAAGUGUACAGACAUCGCUAGUUUCUAUAACUAACGCAAAUGGUGAUAACAUUGCUUUAUUUCUCAUAUAAUUGUGCCAAAUUGUGUACAUAAUGUAUAGAAUAUUGUUAGUACUUUUAAUCCACAAAGGAAGUAAAAUAAAUACAGUUUAUACU